UCUUUGUGCGGACGCGUCUCACCCCUCCACGUGCGCGUCAACGUUGACCGCACAAUACCAUGCUUUUCUGCUAUUUUAGACCAUGGAAUAGCAUCUUCAGAUACAAAAGUAUCACACUCUGCAAGCGCUUCUUCUAAUCCCAUUGCGUUGCGUUGUUGUAGAGCUGAGAUAAUAGAGCUGUUUUGGUGGUUCGGCGCAUCACGCGAAUCCGCGCAUCACGCGCACGGACACGGUACCGUGGCCGUGCGGCCGAUGAGCCAGUUCAGCCGAUGAGCCACCCGGAACAUCACAACAUUGAGAUACCCACAACUUCAACGCGUCACAACUCCACCACCAUAGAUCUAAUUCAAGAAGCGAUUGAAUAUUUAGAAUUGCAUAAAGCUAGAGAUAACUUGUCAUACCGCCAAGUCGCAAAAAUGUUUAGAGUUAACCAAACAACGCUGUCGCGGCAGCACAACUGUUAUACACGCUCAAAUGCAGAAGAAGCGCGCCAGCGACAGUUACUCAGCCCACAACAGGAGGAGGUACUUGUCAAAUACAUAGAAAGAUGCACAAGAGACGGCUUGCCACCCACUAGAAGCAUGCUGCAAAAUUUCGCCUCUGCGGUUACAAAGUGGGAGGUCUCUGAGAGCUGGAUUACUCGGUUUCUGCAUCGCCACGCCAACAAGCUUACCACCAAAUGGACCACUAGGAUGGAUCGUGAGCGCUUUUUAGCUGACAGCAAGCGCAAGUACAAGCUGUACUUUAAUCUAUUGCACUCCAAGAUGCGUGAGCACAGCGUUGAUGAGCGCAACACGUACAAUAUAGAUGAGAAAGGCUUCUUUGUCAGCAUCAACAGUCACACUAAAAGGAUAGUCUCUAAGGCAAUUUAGGAGUCAAAAGAGCGCACUGCAGCGCUUAGAGAUGGCAACAGAGAAUAGGUAACACUGCUGGCUUACGUAUGCGCUUCUAGAGAGGCAUUACUGCCCACUCUCAUCUACUAGGGCACCUCUAGGAUUUAAUCAACCUAGGUUGACGACCUUGUUGCUAAACAACACCAGAUUUUUAUCUCCCACUCAGCGACAGGAUGGUCAAACAAUGACUUGGGGCUUGCCUAGCUUCAGCAGGUGUUCGAUCACUAUACAGCAGCUAAAGCUCGCCGUCAAUGGCGGCUUCUGAUCCUUGACGGCCACAGCAGCCACCUCACGCCUGAAUUUCUAGAGUAUUGCGACGCUAAACGCAUCCUCCUUAUGGUCUUUCCACCUCAUUCAACCCACAGCUUGCAGCCGCUUGAUGUUGUCCUCUUUGCGCCGCUUUCAAGGCACUACACUGAGAAGCUCACCCACUACCUCCAAC